AUGCUGGCCAUGCAGCCAAUAACCUCGCCCGAUGUUGAGGCCUUCUCGACGCCGCCCACAACGCCGGGCCCUAAUACGGAGCACCACCACCAUCACACUUUGUCACGGCGCAGCAGUAGGCCCUCGAACUUGAACAUCCAGGCCCGCAACGCCUGGGAUUCAGACGUGGUUCUGGUCGAGCAUUCCCCAGAUGUUACGAAGAAGCCGAACGGUCUCACACAGGACGCGAAAUCCCCCGGCAUGGUACAUAACCAGACAGUCACCCCGGGUACUCUUGCAGCUCACAUGCCGCCUAAUUCGCCUUAUCAUCCUUCCCAGAACCAGAAGCCGAUCGCUUCCCCUUGUUUCAUUCACUCAUUUCUCGACAAGGGUGGAUCGCUGACUGAUUGGCUUCGUCAUCAGCAACAGCGACCAGACGCAGAUGUGGGUGUAGCCAACGGUCUACAGAAGAACGGCCCCAUUCCUCAUCCGAAGCCCAACAUGCAGCUCAAGGACUUAUCCCCCGUAUCCAGCAGCAGCCCCACUGCUUUCAGCCAUGAAGACGAAGAGGCACUUGCUAGUAGCAGUCUAACAAGGCAGCUGGCGGAGACAGCGGUGGGCGUGCGGGAGAUGAGUAAGCAGCUAGGCCGAGCGCGAGUCCGCUCAAACAUACAGAAUGUCCUUGUCAUCACCAAGGCCAGAGAUAACCGACUUAUCAAGCUGACACGCGAAUUGGCGUUGUACCUGAUGAUGAAGAAGCGACCCGGCCAGGCUCGUGGGCUUACUGUUUAUGUUGAUCACCAACUGCGUCACUCGAGACGAUUCGAUGCCGAAGGGAUCCAGCGAGACCACCCGGAGCUAUUUGCUCCCUUCCCCCACCGCCGUACCUCCAGCAGUUCGUCUGCUUCAUCCUCUUCUUCACUUUCGACCGGACACUCAUCUGACGACCAAAUGAAUGCAACCGGUCAACUAAGAUACUGGACGAGUGAUAUGUGCAGCUCGAGUCCCCAUCUCUUUGACUUCGUCGUGACGCUCGGCGGCGACGGCACCGUCCUCUUCACGUCCUGGCUCUUCCAGCGCAUCGUUCCCCCAGUUCUGCCUUUCGCGCUUGGUUCUUUGGGCUUCCUAACCAACUUUGACUUUGCCGACUACCAAGCGGUGAUGGAUUCCGCUAUUGACUCUGGUAUCCGCGUCAAUCUUCGAAUGCGUUUCACUUGUACUGUCUAUCGCGCGGUCGCACACGGCGAGAGCAAACGGAGAAAGGCGGUCAAAAAAGGUGAAACUGGGGAAAUCAUGAUGAAGAACAUCGAGAAAGGUGGAUGGGAAGCGCUCGAAGGUGGUUGGUCGGGGAACUAUGGAACGACAGAUGGGAAGUCAAAGGACAAGGAGAUUAUGUGCUUCACGACACGACCCGCGGAAAGCUUUGAGGUUCUCAAUGAUCUUGUGGUGGAUCGUGGCCCUAGUCCGUAUGUCAGUCUCUUGGAAUUGUUCGGCGACGAGCAUCACAUGACCACCGUUCAAGCAGACGGUCUCACCGUGUCCACACCAACGGGCUCCACGGCUUAUUCUCUUUCCGCCGGCGGGUCUCUCGUUCACCCUGAAAUCCCAGCCCUCUUGAUCACUCCAAUAUGCCCACACACCCUCUCCUUCCGGCCGAUGUUAUUGCCUGACAGCAUGGAACUGCGUAUAUGUGUACCGUUCAACUCUCGCAGUACCGCCUGGGCAUCCUUUGAUGGUCGAGGUCGCGUUGAGCUUAAACAGGGCGACCAUAUCAAAGUCACGGCUUCAAAAUACCCCUUCCCGACUGUCUGUGCAGACAAGCAAUCGACCGACUGGUUCCACUCAAUUUCCCGCACCCUUAAGUGGAACGAACGCGAACGGCAGAAGUCCUUUGUCGUCGUCGAGGAAGGCCCCGCCAAGCCGGCCACCCGCAGGCGGUCUAACACCACAACUCCAGAGAUGGUUAAAUCCAUCCCAAACUCCCCAGAAGACGAGGAGAUUGACGAUGAGGAAGAUGAAGUUUCUGAGGAGGAGGAAGAGGAGGAUAAAUUCGACAUUGAUGAUUCUUCGCCCGAGGCUGCAGCGGCAAAGCAAAACUCUCAACAGACAAGCCCAGCCCAUUCGUCAGAUAGCAACACGUCAUCUUCAUUUGACGCGACGGCCCCAUCCAAAGCGAACGAGUCUCUUCGGCCAGAUCGGUUGCUGACCACUGCAGUCAAGCAAGGUCUAAGGCGACACUCGAAGUCUCGUUCUCGCUCGCGCUCCCGUGUGCGCUCUGGAGUCUCCACGCCAGGACGAUACGCAGGCCCGCAAGCACAUCCUCCCCGAUCCUCUCCUCGACAUGUCGAUUUCACGGCGGGCCAAUCGUCUCCCGAAGGGAGCGAAUUCACCUACCACGAUGGUGAUGGCCAACGAGGAACAAGGGAUGACUUGCGCGCCACGAAACGACCAAGUGGAAAGAAUCGUAUACCCGAUAGAGACGUUGACGCGGAUAUGGCCAAAACACCUACUGUCAGUGCUCAUCUAGAGCACGGACGAUCACGGACGCACGGCCGGUCUAUCUCUGCAGAAUACCACGCCCCAAGGGCGUUUGCGGUUUGGGGCCACGAUGAAAGCGAUAGCAACACGAGCGACAGCGAUAGAUGA